AUGGCCACCACCGUUACCAACGCACCAGUCAUGGGCGUCAACAGUCUUCCCAACGAACUUCUGCUCAUGGUGUUCGAACACACUCUGGAGCGCGACGACUGGACUGUAUGCAACGCACUUUCAGUGUCGCAUGUCUGCCAGCGCUGGCGACGUCUAGCGCUCGCUGCUCCCGGGUUAUGGUCUACCGUCCCUCGCAUCAACGCCAAAUGGACCGAGCUUUGCCUCGAGCGCUCGAAGAAGACAGCGCUGGAUGUGGUCAUUCCCGACACGAAACCCUCCUGGAUCGAGUGCAUGCCAUCUAUCCGGGUCAUCAUCCCUCAUAUCCACCGCCUCCGCAGCGUUUGCCUCGCCAUGGACGUGCUGUUCAAAAUUCCGGGCGAAAGCGACGAGGCCGUAGAAAGCCGCUGGGACGCUGUCGAUGAGGUCCUCGACUACCUCUCACAACGCGUUACCCCGAACCUCGAAGUCAUGCAUGCUGCGUUCGACCUCAGCAGAUGCGACGAGUGGUACUUACCCUACGUCCCCACACUACCCCGCCAAUUUGUCCGCGGAGCGUCUAUGCCCAAACUACGCGAUAUCGACCUCGAAUGCUGCGUUAUCCCGUCUCUGGCGACGAGCGGUCUCUUAUCAAUUGCUCUCACGCACCUUCACUUGCGCGAUGUCCACGUAUGGAAGAAUGUAGAUGAGAUGAUCCAAUGCCUACAGGCAGUCCCGCAUCUUCAAUCGUUCCGCUGGUACAACUCCGGUCGCAUCGACGAAUCGUUCCCGCUCACCUUCGACACCUCUCGUUCUCGUAUCCAUCCAAUACGCUGCGCAAACUUGCCAAAGCUCAAGGAGCUACAUCUCGAUGGCUCCCACCUCCAGAACAUGCUCAUGUUCAGCUACCUAUCCCUGCCUGCGAAGACGCGUUUACGCAUAAGCGGUGGCCGGACGGCCUUCGACGAGGAAGACAGCCAAGACGGGCCCAUCGACGACUUGAACGCGUUAUUUGCGGAUGCUCUACGAAGCCACUUCUCUGACGCGAUCGCGCAAGGCGCAUGCUUCCACUCGCUCAUCAUCAAUCCUUACGGCGACGUACAACUCGAAUCGCCCAAGCACGAUCGCUCUUCCUCUUCCUCGUCAGGAUCCGACCUUCUACCGGACGAAUUCAAGUUGGCCCCGGCGUUGUGGGGCGACGGAGACAAGCACGGGCGUCGUCUCCGCGCACGACGCUUCAUGAACACCUGGCUCACCCUUCCGAUAUUCGCCAAUGCCUUCUCCAUCAACUUCGAAGCCAAAUUCUGGAAAAGGUACCCUGACGUCAUACGUCUUUUCGCGCGUGCGCGUGAGGUUCGAAUCUCCACAAUGGCGGACCACCUACGAGUCUUAUGUGCCGAAGUCCUCUCCGCACGCCCAUGUCCGUUACCCGCCCUUGAACGGCUGUACGUGGAAGAGCUGGACUUCCUCGUGAUUAUAGGCUUGAUGGACGAACUCAUGUGGACGUUAGAGGACGAUUCACCGAUCAGGGAGGUUACCAUCUCUCGAUGCGAUUUUAAAGAGGACGACUUUGCCGCUCUGAAAGCGCUGUUGGGCCCGGAUGCCGUGCGAUGGGACGGUCAGGAUAAGAGAUGGGGAACGAGGUAUUGGCGUCACCGGUUUCAAAAGUAG